GAAAUGGGUGACAAAAAGAAGAAGACAUUCAUGUUCAUCCGGCUUGUUUCGGCUGCUGGGACAGGAUUCUUCUAUGUGAAGAGAAAGAGUGCUAAGAAAGUUGCUGAGAAGCUUGAAUUCCGCAAAUUUGAUCCUAGGGUCAAUCGCCAUGUCCUGUUUACUGAGGCUAAAAUGAAAUGAGGUGUAAAAUUAUGUGCUAGAUCUUCGUUAUUACUCACUUUUAUUUUUUCUUUUGGAUCAGUAUAGUGUUGCAGUGGAUAAUUUAUUUGAGUAGGCUAAUAAGUCAUUGUUCUUGCUAUUUAUGCUGUUCGGUAAUUCUCCCCUUCCUCCAUUUUCCCGCAUUGAAUCUUAGACGGCGGUCUGAAUUUUUGAUUCAUGGGUAUCUUAAUGGAUGACCUAAUAGCAGUAUUUAGUUA